GGCUGCUUCAAGAUUCGUCCGUAUUUGAUCUCGAUAGUAGUGUACAUACCUCCUCCUGACACCUGAUUUAUUUAUUGUCUUCUUAAUUCCUCUUUUGAUUUCUCUUUCCUUUGUUUUCGCUUAUGCAGAUCCUUUUCGUACGAUCAUAGUUAUAUUUUAAGCCUUUAGUACAACAUCCUAAGAAACGGGUAAGAGAUAUGCAUUCUUGUUGAACAGCUGCGCCCACACAUGCGAUCUCUCAAUGUUUCUGUUCAGGCGAUUACUUCCAAACUCUACAUAUCUUUUUCGAAUUAGCCCACCAUUGUCUCAGACCUCGAAUCUCAACAAUGUGCGCCAUGUCAAAUUCAAGCGGCCGUGGAUUAGGAAAUUUUUUACCACGUUUUUUAUUUAUGGUGCCGCAUUUCAUUUGUGGAGUUCGUUUGUCCUUCUUCAGUUUGAUGAUACGCUAGACGAUGCCGAUGCCACACAGGAAGCACUUUCUGGGAAGACAGGUGUGGGCGAAAAUCGAAAAGAUGAUACCGAGGGGCGCCUCAAGAACCCUGCGAGCGGAACAAUAGAUUCUGAUCCUGUUUUUAUACCCUUGGGCUGGCCACGAUUACGCAAAGGUGAACUAUAUGCAGCAUCGGACCCGGAGUGGCAAGAGUUUGUCAAGACAUCACGGGAUCGAGAAAAGCUUCAAUAUCUUAGAGAUGAGCUGGCAUCGAUCGUUCAGAAAGAUGCCUCCCAGUCUGAAGUACUAUCGCGCGUGCUAGGGGGUCCCCUUCGCGUAACAGGGUUCUGGCUAGUGCAUCAUUUUCCAUCUCGCGCCCCCCCUGAUUAUGAGCGCUCAGGGCUAGAGUUCACCGACGGUGGAAUAUCGUGGGUUUCAAAACCCAUGUCUCUGGAGGAUGGCGACCGUCUUCGGAGGUGUAUACAGCCUUUAUCUGUGGCACUCGCUAUAAAGGAUGCCUAUAUGAUCUUGGUGAAAAGACAACUUUCCCGGCUUAAUAUCACAGGCUUAGAGCAAGAACAAGCCCCAGGUCCUUCAAGUCUACCGUCCCACAAGACGCUAUCGUCCGAGCUUCAACCCCUAGACGGGUUGCAUCCCAUGCAUCAGUCUGAAACACAGUCGGCUUCACCUACUGGUUCUCAGGGGGCCACCUUGCGAGACAAAGGUGGCGCCGACCUUCAUCAUUCUCUGAUUAUAUCGACACUUCAACGAUUACCUUUACCAAAGUUUGGUCCCGGGUCUGAUCUGUACGCAGCAUCGUUAGCUUUUAAGAUGCGGCUGAAGGACUGUUGGGCCCGAGAACUGCACCGUCCUCGGCGUGGCGUGUUCUAUUUUAUCGGCCCUGUCGGCUUGAAAGGCCCCAGAGGGUUUUGCAGGGUUGACGUGAAAGGUGAAUACGACCCAGCAACGGCCAGUUGGUCUUUGGUUUCGAUGCAGCUCAAGGAUGUGAGCAUAUUCAACCAAAAAGCGCUUGGUGGCUCUUAACCGGCUGCUCAACCUUCUUUUACAAAUUGUAUUCUGAUGUAUCUUAAAAUGCGGGGACUUGAUGUAUGUACGAGGUCUCUUUUUCAACUUAUUUUAUUGCCUGGGCAUUCACACUGUAAGCUUUCCUCUCCAUGCUAUAACCUCUCAGACGUCCGGCAUCUAGGAUAUUGAACGAAAUAAUCUUUGCAAUUGUCAAUAUUGCUGAGAUUAGGUCUAAGCUAUACAGAUAUGCACAAGUAAUGGAGUUCAGACGGUAUGCUAGCAUGCUUAAUCAAGUAAUCAGCAAGUAUCGGAAAGGCCAGCUCAUUGAAAUGCUGUGCAGCUGUUAUUACUGCGCCAUGAAUAUGAGUAGCUUAUACCUCGUCAUCUGUUGGCCGUACUGUCUUCGGCAGGCCAUAUGUGACUUAUCAAGUAAUAAAUAAUCUGGUGGGAUGACGUAAA